AUUCAGAAGAGUAAAUCGACGCUGGGGAAAUAGCAGGAUGCGUCUGUCAGGCUCGCACAUGCGUCUUUACGCACGGCGCCACCGAACGCCCACUCUGCUGAUGUGUUAAGGCGGAUUGGCUGCUAAAGAUACCAGCCCCUUUGUGCGUUUGGUGGUUGGCUGUGCCUGCUUUUGGCCAUUACGUUAUGCCUACUCCACACUCACAGACAGCCGGAGAGAGGGAAGACGUAAUGGUUUGAUUCCCUGUGCGCUGGCGAUGGUCGUCGUUCUCCCAUUACUCGGCAGAUUCCUCAAACGGGAGGCGCAAUGAAGGCGGGAGCGUCAUCCAUGUGGGCGUCAUGCUGUGGGCUGCUGAAUGAGGUGAUGGGCACUGGCACAGUACGGGCGCAGCAGCCAGGGUUCGGAGCAGGGGCGGGGCCCUUUCGCUUUGCUCCAAGUGCUGGUUACUCCACCUACCCUCCAACCAGCUCAGGGAGCAGCGGACAGUUGUGCAAGGCCUGUGGACUGGCCUUCUCUGUCUUCAGACGCAAGCACAUCUGCUGUGAUUGUAAGAAGAGUUUCUGCGCCCUGUGCUCGGUGCUUCAGGAGAACCUGCGCUGCUGCACCACCUGCCACCUCCUGCGCGGCACAGCCUUCCAGAGGCCUCGACUCAUGCAGCUCCGCGUCAAAGACCUCCGUCAGUACCUUCUGCUGCGAAACAUUCCCACAGACACCUGCAGGGAAAAAGAGGACCUCGUGGACCUGGUGCUCUGCCACCGGGGAGCGGGUGAGAUUCCCAGAGCGGUGGUGGAAGAGGAUGAAGAGGAGGAUGAGGAGGAGGAUGGGAACACUCGUGAAGAAGAAGAAGAGGAGGAGGAGGAUGACACAGACAGCUUGCACUCGCUGCCCCACUCGCGUGCCGCCUCGCCUACUUUGGCCACACGCUCCACCUCGGAACACUCGGUCCUGUCCGCCUCUCAGGGAGACGCGCUCAGCCGGAGUGACAGCUCAGGGACCACCAGCCAGGAACAUGAUGAUACACCGACAACAUCGCUCCUGAGCCUGGAACCUGCAGAAAAUAUCAUAGAGGUCAGUCCAGCAACACAGAGGAGGAUCAGGGCCUCUCUGUCCGAUCUGGACAACGAGGAAGCGAUAGAAAACCUCUCCGUCCGCCAGCUCAAAGAGAUUCUCGCCAGGAACUUUGUCAAUUACUCGGGCUGCUGUGAGAAAUGGGAGCUGCUGGAGCGAGUGCAUCGACUCUACAGAGAAAACGAGCAGAACAGGAAAUCCAUGGAAAAUGUGAGCAUAACAGCAGUGGUUGCAUAUCCUCCACCUCUGUGCAACAGUAGCGUUGGAGUCGGUGUAAGAGCUCAGCUGGCCGCUGAUGAAAACCUGUGUCGCAUCUGCAUGGACGCCAUCAUCGACUGUGUGCUGCUGGAGUGUGGUCACAUGGUAACCUGCACCAAAUGUGGGAAGAGGAUGAGCGAGUGCCCCAUCUGCAGGCAGUACGUCGUGCGGGCCGUGCAUGUCUUCAAGUCUUAAAAACUCUCUCCAUGCCAGAGCCGUCCUCAGGAGGAUGGACAACUGUGCAUGGUGUCUACUAAAGAUGCAGCAAACUGGAUUGCUGGUUUGAAGCUGGACUGUUGCCUGUGGCCUGGAGCUGUUUGUGCCCCCCCCCGACUAAGUCGUGUCCCACAUGUCCGUCCCUGUGGAUGUCCCACAGCUGCACUGGGUCUCUCACGCUUUCUGUCUGUAGUGUUUCACAGACACAGUAGAACCGAUCCAUCACUUUCUACUCUGAUCUGUUUCAUUUUAUUUUACAGCUGAUUGUUUUUAACGAACAGCAAAGUGAAGUGGAUCUGUUCUGAGCAGCAAAGAGGAGCUAGUGAAAAAUGUCAGAUCACAGAGUCUACGGUUUACAUGUCUCAUGUUAUCUCGCUCCAGUGUUCAUUUAAGGCGUGCAAUAUCAUUAAAAAAAGAG